CGCGCACGAACCGGGGGGCGGGGAGGGCGGCGCUGGGACAGCGGAAGGGCCUCUGUCCCCCUGGGGUCUGGGAUUCCGGACCCCUUGAGCUUGUUCACUGUCGGAGACGGAAGGGGCCUCGGUGAUCCUACCCAACCCCUGCCUCUCUUAUCCCCGAUUGGGGAAAUGGACGCCCGGAGGGCGCAUGAUCUAGCAGAAAGAUGGCUGCCAUUGGCUAUUUUAUUUUUUCUUUCUGUGGCAAGACCGUCAUGGUGCCUGGAUAUUUCAGGAAAUCCAGUAUCAAAAUUGACUGCAGAAGAAAGAACCUAACAGACCAGUAACAAUGGAAGAAAUUGAGAAAGUUAUCAAAAAGCUACCAUCCCCCAAAACACCAGGCCCAGAUGGUGUUACAGGUGAAUUCCUUUAACUUUGAAGGAAAAGCAGCCCAACUCCAAGGAAUCUGGCAUCUCUGAGUCGAGCAUCCAGUUUUGCAGGUCUUUGUAAUGUCUGGCAUAAAAGAUCUGCGUCUGCAUUGUGUCUGUGGUGAGAAGUUCUGGUUAAAGUAGAUGCAGAAAAUCCAGCUUCACACAGGUUAAAAGUAUCCUUCAUGAAGAAGAAAGAUCUUAAGCAACAUGGUGGAUUCAGAAGCUCAUGAAAAGAGGCCGCCCAUCCUGACCUCUUCAAAACAAGAUCUGUCACCUCAUAUCGCGAAUGUUAGUGAAAUGAAGCAUUACUUGUGCGGCUGCUGUGCGGCUUUCAACAACGUAGCAAUCACAUUUCCCAUUCAGAAGGUGCUCUUUCGGCAGCAGCUGUAUGGACUCAAAACCCGGGAUGCGGUGCUUCAGUUGCGGAGGGAUGGCUUUCGAAACUUGUACCGCGGGAUCCUUCCCCCACUGAUGCAGAAGACAACUACGUUGGCGCUUAUGUUUGGGCUGUACGAGGACUUAUCUUGCCUUCUCCGAAAGCACAUCAGUACCCCUGAGUUUGCGACCCGCAGUGUGGCCGCAGUCCUUGCAGGGACAACAGAAGCAAUUUUCACUCCAUUGGAAAGAGUUCAGACAUUGCUUCAAGACCACAAGCAUCAUGACAAAUUUACAAACACUUACCAUGCUUUCAAGGCACUCAGAUGCCACGGAAUUAGAGAGUAUUAUCGAGGCUUGGUACCUGUUCUUUUCCGUAAUGGAUUCAGCAAUGUCCUUUUCUUUGGCCUUCGAGGUCCCAUUAAGGAGCAUCUGCCUACCGCAACAACUCACAGCGCGCAUUUGGUCAAUGAUUUUAUCUGUGGAGGUCUGUUGGGGGCCAUGUUGGGAAUCUUGUUUUUCCCAGUUAAUGUUGUGAAAACUCGCAUGCAGUCUCAGAUUGGUGGGGAGUUUCAGUCUUUUCCCAAGGUUUUCCAGAAAAUUUGGCUAGAGCGGGACAGGAAGCUGACGAAUCUUUUUAGAGGUGCUCACCUGAAUUACCAUCGGUCCCUCAUCUCUUGGGGCAUAAUCAAUGCAACUUAUGAGUUCUUGUUAAAGAUUGUAUGAAAGAAACCCUCAGUUAAGUGCCAUUUAUUAACUGAAUAGACCUAAGAAGAAUGCAGUUUGGCCUUGUUCCUAAUUGGCGAAAUACAAGUUGGUGUCAGAAGUUCAGGGCACAGUGAAUUAUGGGCAAAGCUGUUUUCUUGAAGCACCAACAAAUUCAGAAUAAAAGGUUCUAAUAGGAAGAUGAAAGGGGUUUUUGGUUUUGUUUUUUCAUUAUUAUCUGAGAACUUUAGGCUAAUUGCCUCGUUAAUAGCUGUCUAUUUGACUGCUUUUGACAAGGGAAACUAAUAGCCAAGGUAUGAUUCUUUUUCCCAAAAGUCUUUAAUAAAUCUUCUGUAUUGAAAUGUCAGUGGCCAUGACCAGCCAGAGAAAAGGCUCUUAGAGCUUCAUGAAUUCUCAGGCUUCCUUCUCUUGCUCCAUUUCUUGCUUCUCUGCUUUUAGGAGUUGCAGAGGGUAGUCUUCGUUAAACAGAAGCAUGUACAUGUAGGACAAAGAAUAGAGGAGCAGAACAGCUUAUUAAGUGUAGGCUUUUUAUGGUAAAUUGCUUGUAUUAGUUUUGAAACUAAGUACCUGUUGGGAUAGUCAUUAUCUAGACUAUUCAGGCAUGGUGUGGCAGAACCAAGCAGCUAGUCAAAGCUCCCAUUUUGCUAUCUAGGUUGCAAGGUUUUGUGUUUAGUUCUGAAUGUGAUCUUAAACCCUCCCCAAAUGUCCUUAUGUUAAUUUCACUUAUUUCAUUGCCAAAACAUAGGGAGAGUUUUCAUUGUAGGCAUUUCUUCCUGUGAAAUUUCAUAUUAAUUGCAAACUGGUUAAUUCAGUUUUUUUGAUUAAUUGUUGCCAACUUCAGGAAGAGCUUUGGGAGUUUGGGGAGUGUUUUUUCUUUGAGUCAUAGUUUGUCGUAUUGAAGUAUCCUGUUUUCUUAAAACUCUCCUUAAAAAAAAAAAACACUUCCAUAAAAUUGUAUUUUGGAAGUAUAUUAACAGGAUUCUAGAUUUCUCUCUCCUGGCUUCUAAGCAUUACAGAAGGGGAAAAAACAAAUCUCAGGAUAGCUUUCAUCCCAGUGUUAGCUUUUUUAUUUGACUCUUGGAAAUAGAGACCUCUAUUAGGAUUUUUACAUUUUGGGAACCCAGUUUUAUCAUUAUUAAAACAGUAAGAGAGUUUGAGAUAAAGAUAUUUGGAGGAUUAAUUUUAAAUGCUACUAGUUCGUAAAAGCUGGAUAGCAUACUCAUCCCUUAGGUGACAGAAAAACUUACUUGUCAAAGGAAUCAGAUUCUUAAAAUAUUUUUUCCAGAUCGAUGAAGCAAAAUGCCUCUCUUUACUGAUUGAAUGAUUAAUAAAACUUGAAACAUCCUAGAAAAGUAGUUUAUCAAUCUUUUAAAAAUCCACAUCUGUAAGUAUGUAGUUAAGAUUGCCAACAUCUGACAUGGCAGAGUAGUUAGGUUUCUUAUUACCAGUUUUUCAUCAUUCUGGGUAAUUGCAUAUGACUAUAUGCACACACUGACCAAAAUAAAAUCAGGGUCUCAGUUGGUAGUUUACUCAGUUUCUGGGCAGAUAGUCCAAAAGAAAUGUUUACCUCUAAAUGCAGUAUGACUGGUCAAAUAAGCAUCCUUCCAACCAUAAAAGAUUGGGAAGAUUUAUCAAGCACUUGCCAGGCAGUAAUGAGGCUCAGUAACUUUACAACAGCCCUGCUUGAAAAUGUUGUGUUGGAAAUGGCAGUUUACUUUGGAAACCAAGAUGGAGAGGUGAGGAUUUCAGAAAGAAAGGAUUUGACACCAAAUAAACGUGAGUAGCAUCCUUUGGCUUAUUGAAUAGAGUCUGGCUUUGAAAAGGGUUGAGUUUUGGCGAAAUGAAUGACAAAGGCACUGUGGUCAGUGGCGGUGCUUGGCCCAGGGCCCACCACACCUUGCAGCAGGUGAGUUAGCCUGGGGUCAUGCCCUGGGGAUGGGCUUCCUUUUGUCUAUUAUACACUCCUGUGAGGUGACAGAUAACCUAAGUUCUAAAGCACUUUCAUGAAAUACAAGUGAGAAUUUGAAAGGGGAUGCUUUGGUUUCUGCAAUCUCAAACUUGUGGUGUUUAAAAACAAAUAUUUUUAAUGUUUUUAACUCCUAAUAUAUUUGGAUUUCUUUGUCACUUUUUACAGCUUUUGGAGACCAAAUUGUAAAUACAUGACCAGGGAUGGUUUUUUGUUGUCCUAUAGACUUCUUAAAUUUGACAAAAAAAUUCAACAGAACUUGCUUGUGGUAGUCAACAGCUUUGUCUGAACCUUAAAAGAAGUCAAAAUGUGUUAUUAAUAAGAGAUUCUAACCACUUGUUUUUAUCUUCAGUGUGAACUAGUAAUUUUGAAAAGGCAGACGUGAUCGAAUAACUAUCUGAAGAGCUUUAAAAGUGGCCUUUCUGUUACAUACGUGACACAGAUGGUUUAUGAGCACAGGGAGCUUCCGGCCCUGCCUCCCACACUUUAUCUCUGAUGCCACCAGAGAUGUGUUACGGAUUCUCUAUUUAACACGCUUGGGGUGGUAUGAACCCUCAGGACUGCAUCACAGAGUAAACACAACCUUUCUGAGGUGGCAGAUUUGUGUGUCUUUGUUUCAUUUGUGUUUGGAGACAGUUGAUGUUUUUGUCUCAGUAGUCAAUAUUCAUCUUACCUUAUGGUUGGUUAUGUAAUCACCUGCUAUAUAUUGUAAACUGUGCAAUAAAACAGAAUUGUGUAUCUAGAAUCAUCUUUGGAGACCUGAAAUUUCCUAGCUCGAUUAUAGUGGUAAUACUCCAUUCUCAUGCUCUGCAAACACAGAAUCAUGGGCGGCAGACAGGAUGUGCAGAAUGGGACCCAGAGGCCUUUGGGGCCACCGAUCAUGCCAUGGGGGAAAUGGCAGGUCAGUGCGGUUGAAGUUCUGGAGGGAGACGUGUGCGGUCCAAGUGAAGGCAAGACAGGAGAUCACAUGUGAAGGAAGGGUGAGCACUCAGACUUGAUCUCCUUUAAAUUAAAAUAUUCUUUGUUUUCUUGUAUGUAUAAAUGCCUAUCAAAGACUUAACAGGCGUUCUCCUUAAAUUUGAAGAGUUUUCAUUUUUAAUGCUGUCUUUUUGUUUAAUAAGUAUUUGCUUGCCUAAAUGGCUCCCAGAUUGUGGGGGAGUCUACAUGUUUUUGGGGUUUUUGGGUUUUUUUUAAGUUUCAUUAUUAAAAGUGGUUAAGCACAUAAA